ACCAAGAUGGCGGUGCAGGAGACAGCUUGUCAACUCUCCAUGGCAUUAAAAGUGCAGGAAUACCCUACAUUGAAGGUGCCCUACGAGACUCUCAACAAGCGCUUCCGAGCAGCUCAAAAGAACAUCGACAGGGAGACAAGUCACGUGACCAUGGUGGUGGCCGAGCUGGAGAAGACGCUCAGCAGCUUGCCUGUGGCGCACUCGGUGGCGUCCCUUUUGGACGGCGUGGUGGAAAAGCUCAACGCAUUGAAACGAAAGGCUGCAGAGUCUAUCCAGGCUGAAGACGAAAGUGCCAAGCUGUGCAAACGGCGCAUAGAGCACCUAAAGGAACACAGCAGCGACCAGCCUGCCUCGGUCAACCUGUGGAAGAAGAAGCGCAUGGACCGCAUGAUGGUGGAGCACCUGCUGCGCUGCGGCUACUAUAACACGGCCGUCAAACUGGCAAGACAGAGUGGAAUCGAGGAUCUGGUCAACAUCGAGAUGUUCCUCACGGCGAAGGAGGUGGAGGAGUCCCUGGAGAGGCAGGAGACUGUCACCUGCUUAGCCUGGUGCCAUGAUAACAAGUCCCGCCUUCGCAAAAUGAAGAGCUGUCUGGAGUUCAGCCUGAGAAUCCAGGAGUUCAUCGAGCUCAUCCGACAGAACAAACGAAUGGACGCCGUCAGACACGCAAGAAAACACUUCAGCCAAGCAGAGGGUGGACAGUUGGAUGAAGUCCGGCAGGUGAUGGGCAUGCUGGCGUUCCCCUCAGACACACAUAUCUCACCGUAUAAGGAUCUGUUAGACCCGGCCCGUUGGAAGAUGCUGAUCCAGCAGUUCCGGUAUGAUAACUACCGACUGCACCAGCUUGGCAACAACUCCGUCUUCACCAUCACCCUGCAGGCCGGGCUGUCAGCCAUCAAGACGCCUCAGUGCUACAAGGAGGACGGAACCUCCAAGAACCCCGACUGUCCCGUGUGCAGCAAAUCCCUAAACAAGCUGGCGCAACCUCUGCCCAUGGCCCACUGCGCCAAUUCCAGACUGGUGUGCAAGAUCUCCGGUGAGGUCAUGAAUGAGAACAACCCUCCAAUGAUGCUGCCCAACGGAUAUGUUUACGGCUACAAUUCCCUGCUGUCCAUCCGCCAAGACGAUAAAGUAGUUUGCCCCAGAACCAAAGAAGUAUUCAGCUUCUCUCAGGCUGAGAAGGUCUACAUCAUGUGA